ACAAGAAAAUUACUUGCAUUAGAAGGCGGACUACAUUUUAUCUUUUCUAAAAAUUCAAGGAAUUAUCCGUGUAAGUUACCACAGUAGCAAUUUCCUAUCAUUGCACAACAGGAGAAACUGACGUGGAAGAAAGCACGCUACCUUAAUACGAAAAUUCAAUCACAAAAGCGAAUAUUUACAAUUAUGCAUACAACAUUUCAAUUUUAUUCAAACGCCAUUUUGGUGGGAAAUCGCUAAUUAAACAAAAGUGUAUGCAAUCCUCUAACAGCCAAGUUAGAAUGAAAUUGCAUAUCUGCGUUUUGGUAAUAGCAGAUUUAAAUACAGCUCCUGCAAGCUCUUGAAGAGUCCUCCAAUCAAAACACGUCCCUCCAAAAAACCAUGCUUCUUGAUAAAUUUUCGAUCGGGAAGAUACUAGUGCACUAAUGCACGGACUGUCCUACACAAUUCCAAACAAGGGAACAAUAACUGUUAAAGCUUGUAAAGUUAACGAAUAUUUGACGAUUUACUGACAUUUCUAUUCAUCAUUUUCUGCUUAAAGGCAUAAACAGACAAAUAGCAUCUAAAAUACCCACGUUAACAUCCCCACCCCGAAAAAUUCUUUCCAAAUGUUUAAAACACCGUAAGACACAUUUAUAGGUUUGCUGUAUGGGAAUCCGACAAGCCACUACGUUAGAACCACAUACUGAUUCUAAACCGUACAGAAAGAGGGUGAAACACAGUUAAAAUCCAGGGUAGCUUGUAGUUACCGAGCAGCCAUCACGCAUAACAGGGCCAGAGGUUUUCGUUAACAAAAUCCACACAAGCUCGACAAUUUAUGUAAAAAAUUAAAGGAAAGUAUCAUUCCUUUUUUUUAAAUAAGCUAAAAAUAUUAAAUAACGUUUUAAACGAAUAUCUACAUUAAAAGCACUAAAGCAUCAUUUUUAUAAAUCGGGGUGACAAUAGCAAUGUUUGGAAGAUCUUCAGCAAGAUGAUUUCACAAGAGAACCUUUAGUCAGAAUCAAGCAACUGACAAGCACUAUGCUGUCUCAACUUUAAUUCUUUUCAUGCCUCAUACCUAAUACCGCAAAAGCAUCGAUUUGACACACAUUUUUGCGCAUGUCAAUUUUGCACCACAUGCCAAUGUGAAAAGAAGAUUGUGUGUCCGAACAGUAGACGAGCCUGCAUUUACACAAGAAAUUUGUGACAAUUUGGUACCAUUCCGAACCAAUCCCAAUUUUUUUAGAAAGAAUUAUUGAUACUUGACCGCAUCCACGUUCAGCGGUUCUGAAAUCACUUCGGAAAAAUGGGGGUACCUGGGCGCAUGACGUAGCAGGUGAAACUCCAGUGUCUAAAAACCAGACUCAAUUGUUGUUUGGAACAGAUAAACCCGUUGCUAGCCCACCCGUACCUAUUUUAGUACCGUUCCAAAUUCAACCGGUCUCGAGUGAACACAGUCGGAAACGCGGAAAUUUAUUUCCUUCAAUUGAGCUGCAUUGUCAUAUUUUUAUAGAUCAGGUAACCAGUGGUGGCGCCAGAGGGGGGGCAGGGGGGGCUACAGCCCCCCCGUCGGAGGAGGCUAGCCCCUCCGUCGGAAGAUAAAUUAUGCUUGAAUUUUUUUUGUCGGAGCGAAUUUUUUAAGUUUUGGCGGAAAUAGAAAUUUCUAAAAGGACUGUUAUCAGAAUUCAGGAAGCUCAUCCCAAAACAACUCAUCGACACAUCAAUUUCAUGGUAAAUAAUAAUCUGUUAUAAGAAGUUUGAAUUGGUUGUUUAGAUGUUCAGUACCAGGUGUUUUCCGCAUGCUGUUAAAUUUGAUCUUAUGUUAUGGAUAGUGCAGUUCGUCCAAAUCUUGCUUGCUAUAACCAACCUACAACAUCGGAAUAUUUUUGUGCGAUAGCGAUAUGGCAACAAAUGUUACCCGUUUCAGUGUUAGAUGUAGUAUAUGUAAUGACGUAUUUAACAAUGAUUACGCUGCCCGCCACACGAAGUCCAAGCACAAAGAUUUGGCUGCAAUGGGAAGGACUGCUCCUACGACGGCAAUAGUUGAAACGGACUCGCAGCAGAGAAAAAUAAAAACAUUUUUUCAAUCAAAAGGCGGUACUUUUCCAAAGAAACGAAAGGUUAAUGAUUUUGAAACUGAAAGAACAACAGAAGACCCCGAAGAACAAGAAGUUGAAAUUUCGAAAAUUCAAGACGAAGAGCAAAUCGAACGUGGUACAACUUCUAGCUUGGACCCCGAAGUCACGAAUGUAGAUGCUGACAACUACGUCACCAUUUCGGAAGCCGAACAGUCGAUGUCGGACAUUGUGGAAGCAGCAAAUGAAAGCGACAGCAACGAGGAUAUCGAGGAAAAUUUGGAACAGUUGGAACUCGAGUUGGAAGAUGAAGUUGAUCCUGCAGGAUUAUCAGCCGAAGCACUUCAAGGAGAUUCGAGAGGACCGCAACUUACACUAUCCGUCGCUGGCCCCAAGGACAUAUCCUCAACCAAAGACGGCGGACCUGUGCAGCCUCGUAAUAUUUCCUUCCCUACACAUUUGAUUGGCAAUCAGCAUCGCGCAUUCACACCUUUGCUGUAUGAAAAGUAUCCCUGGAUUGAGUAUUCGCAAAUGGAGGAUGCCAUCUUCUGUUUCCACUGUCGUAAUUUUUCAGAGAAUCGGAAGGAUCCAGCGUUUGUUAGUCAAGGCUUGCGCAAUUGGAAAAGAUGCUAUGGCACCAAAGUGAAUGAUAACAAACUCUUGCAACAUCAAACCAGCCAUCUUCAUGCCCAAAGUGUAGCUGCUAAAGCGCACUAUGAAAACGUUAAGUCUGGAAAUUUUCAGACCAUUGCCACACUUCAUGAUGCCGCUUAUUCGAAACUGGUUAAAGACAACAGGCAUUACAUGCGAGUGAUUUGCGAAGUCCUGCUUCUCACUGCUCAGCGGAAGAUUGCCCAACGUGAGACUGGAGGUUCAUUUCGUGUUGCCGAUAUAAAUAAAGAAGCUCUAGACUAUGGACCUUCUUGUGGUAAUUUUCUUGCGAUACUUGGUCUUCUUGCAAGGCAUGACCCAGUUGUUGCUGACAAAAUCCGCACUGGCCCGAAAAAUGCAAAGUAUACUCACCACAGCGUACAGAAUGCCAUCUUAGACAUUAUGAAAGACAUGGUUCUUGAGCAAAUAAAAAGUGAGCUCAAUAAGGCUCAGUAUUUUACCGUCCUUUCAGAUGAGUCUAAAGAUAGAAGCAAAAAAGAGCAGCUUGUUGUUGCAGUCCGUUACUGCUACGAGAAUGCCAUACAUGAGGAAUUUAUUGGCAUUGCUGAGGCGCAAAGUUUAGAUGCAGAUGGUCUUUCAGACACAAUAAUUGAACGAUUGCAACGCAUCGAAGCCAACAUGAAAGCAUGCGUGGGGCAAGGCUACGAUGGAGCUUCUGUUGUUUCUGGUCACCUGAAUGGCGUUCAAAGGAAACUUCCUCUGAAAACCGGUGCUGAAAUGGCUUACUACGUCCAUUGCUUUUGUCAUCGAUUGAACCUUGUGAUCGUCGAUGUUGUGAAAUCAAUCAGUUGUGUGGCAGACAUGAUAUCGCUAUUCAGAAGCCUGCAUUCUUUUCUGAGCAGCAGCACCGUUCAUGUACGAUGGGUAAAGGUCCAAGAGGAUCACAAGGUUCAUGUGAUGGAAAUUGGAAAAGUUUCUGACACGAGAUGGUCUUGCCAGGCGAAGCAAUUCAAUGUUUUCUGGGAGCGGUUGGAUAUCUUGGUGGAAGUCCUGCAGGAUGUGAUUGACACAGAUACGAACCCCGGUCGCAGAACAGAAGCUACUGGUUAUCUUCUGCAGAUUGACAGGAAAUUUGUGAGAUACCUGUUUGCCAUCCGACACGUCUUGAACAAAGCCAAAUUUGCGUCUGACAUGUUGCAGAAACCCUCCAAUGAUUUGAGUCAAGCCAUUGAUCUCAUUGCAACAUUGAAAGAUGAACUGGAUGACUGUCAAAGCAGGGAUAAGAUUCAAGAGUUCUGGGAUACUGCCGAAGAAGCAGCGGAUCGCUUGGAAUUGCCGGAAGAAAAAAGACCACCAAGAAAGAGGGCAACGCCUGCUUCUCUUCGAGAGUUUGUUGUGGAAGCAUCUUCAGAGCCUCAAGUAGCAAGCGGGUUUGAUGGCUACGUACAAAAUGUCAAAGAAAUACUAAACAGAACAACUGCAGAACUUUGCAAGCGGUUUGACGAAAAAAACAUAAAGAUCAUGAAAGGCAUAACUGCAUUGGCCCCCAAGUCGAAAAGCUACUUGGACCCAACAACUCUUGUCAAUUUUGCUGAGCUUUUUCAGUCUGAAAUUGGUGCACUACGCAGUGAAAUUGCCACAUUUAAAUAUAUGCUCUCAAGAAAAGAAGAAAAACACCGCCCAAGCACACUUCUGCAACUAGAGGCACACUUGGAAAAGCUAAAUGAAGCUUUCUUUGAGCUGCACCGGCUUGUAUCCAUCGCAUGCACUUUGCCAGUCUCUUCAGCCGAAUGUGAACGCAGCUUCAGCUCUAUGCGCCUCAUCAAGAGUGAUCUGCGCUCACUUAUGAAGGACGAGCGUCUAGACAGUCUGAUGAUGCUAGGUAUUCAUCGUGCCCGUGGAAGUGCUCUUGACUUGGACUCAGUAGUAGACAGAUUUAAGGCUAAGUUCCCGAAGAGUAGAAUUGCUCUGUGAAACAAUUUUGAUUCUUGGACUUGAAUUUUCGAUAUGUAGAAGUGCGUAUUCCACCGCUUAGGUCUGUUCCUAUAAAGUUACGUUGUGUUCCAGUUUUCCUUAAGUUCAGUU